CAUAAAAUAAAAUAUACAGAAUAUUCGAUUUUACGAUACAUCUUGUGACAAUACUUUGUUAUAUUACCAGUAUGUAUACAUAAUAUUAUAUUAGUUUUCAAUACAUCGCUAACCUAUCAAUAUAAUCAACCCUUAUUUUCCCCAUAACAGUGAACAAAUCAUAUAGUAUUUAUUACGUAAUAAUCGAAUGUGUACGACUUUCACCAGGGUUAGUGUAUGUAUUUUUUUCACAAGGAUCUGUACUUCUCCCUGCCACCCAAAUACAGAUAAUGGAUAGAUGGAUGCGCACUUCAGGACACAAAUGUGAGUACUUCUUCCACCUGGGAUAAAAUGGAACUUGCACAAUCAAUGUAUGGACAACGCUUCCACCGUAAUUUCGCGCGCUCUUCUCCACCAAGUGUCAGUUUCCGCGAACGCCAUUGGCGGACUCGCAGCGCUUCCCGAGCAAAUCAGCGCGGCGCUUCUUACAACGUUGCCCCAACUGAACUUGUUGUCCUAUUUCCCCUUCGAGCCUCGACGUCAAAACGUAACGGCAAGCCUCGGGGGCCAUGGAGACUCAGUCGGUGUACAUGUGCUUCCCCUGCUACAAGGAGUUCAACACCCUGGAAGAGGUGCUCAAGCACCAGAUGACAUGCACGGCCGAGGAGGAUCAGGCCGAUUCGUCCCGCAUCGCGCCCGUUGUUGUUCCAGUUCUCCAGACGCAGCCAUCGCUCACAGAGGAGACCAUCGUCCCACAAAUCCAAGUGCAGCUGCAGCCACUGCCCGCGCAGCCUGUUGAUAAUGCAAUGCUGGAGACGGACACCGUGGUCCAAGAGGCCGAGCUCAACGAAGAUCAUCUCCUGGACCAGCCCCGAAUCCUUUAUCAGUGCGGCGACUGUGAGGAGCUCUUCAAGAGCCUGGACCUGUGGCAGCAUCACCGCAAGGAAGGUGCCUGUCUGAGGACCGUCGUCGUGGGCGGGUCGGAGGCCGAGCCGCAGUCCAGUUUUCAGCCCGAGGAUCCUCAGCCCGUCGCCGAGGGUGACGCCAGCGACGCCAAGUCCGACCAAACGGACGCUUCGGAAGUCAAGAAGGACGAGCGGCAAGUCGGCGAAACUUCUACAGGCGACGCGUCCGACCAGGCGGCUCCUGAGGUGAUCACCUUGUCGUCUGCGCUGGAAGAGUCGUCUCCCAGAAGGAGAGGAGCGCUGAAGAAGCCCAAGCCCGAUCCCGUGCUGCUGUGCGUGGACUGCGGCUCCUGUUUCGGCCUGGUUUCCGAAUUGGUGGCCCACCGCAAGACGCACGGCUUCGAGGAGGCCCUGCACCACUGCACCGUGUGCGGCGAAAGCUUCCUCAACACCACCCUCUUCCUCUACCACCGCAAGCAACACCGGCAGAAAGGCGAGGGAAGCAGCACGGUGGCCAGCAGCCUGUCGGAGAAAACGUACCCGCAGAGCAGCAUGUCGGACGGGCAGGAGCCGGACGGCGCGCCGUCGUCCUCUUCGGCGCAGCCCACCGAGCUCUUCCUAUGCCUCCAAUGCGGCGGCAGCUUCAACACUGCCGCCGUGCUGGCCGCGCAUCGCAAGGGGAUGCACGACCUGCACACGCCGCUCCACUCUUGCUCCUACUGCACCGAGACCUUCAUGAACACCACCCAAUACUUGUACCAUCGGAGGCAGCACCGCGUUCUGGAGUGUGGCCCGAUAGAUGAAGCGGAGACCGGCGACGAGAUGGCGUCCCCCGUGGAGGAGGCGCAGAGCUCAAAGCGUCCGCUCCCACUCACCCCCGCCAGCGAGUCGGAUGCACCGGCCCCGAAGAGGAGCAGGCCGGUUUAUAGGAUCAUCAGCAAAGGAAACAAGGAUUCAAGUGGCAAAGAGGAACUUGAGGGCGUCGCGGCAGUGACCGUGGACACGGCAAACCUGCCGCCUCCUGCCAAGCUGCUGCAGGACUGGUCCCGCACCGCUCUGCCCCAUGUGUGCCCCUACUGCGGCAAGACCUUCACCAGGCGCGUCUUCCUGCGCACGCAUGUCUACAGCCACACCGGAGAAAAGCUCUUCACCUGCAAGGUGUGUUCCAAGUCCUUCACCAACUCGCAGAGCCUGCUGCGUCACACCAUGAGUCAUAGCGGAAACAGGCCCUUCUGCUGCGACGUGUGCGGCAAAGACUUCACGCAGGCCGCCACUCUGAAAAGGCACCAGCUCAUUCACACGUCGGACCAACCGCGCCGCAAGCGCGGACGCAAACCGAUGUGUGCUGCAGACGGCGACGGUGGAGAAGGUCUCUUCUCAUGCCCCCUCUGUCCUUCACACUUCAACACAGAGGAACAGCUCAACCAUCACAAACUCCUCCACACCAGCAACCCGUUCCCCUGCCCAGAUUGUGGAGAGGCUUUCAGCCGCAGGAAGGACCUUGACCUGCACUCACUCAUUCAUCAAGAUAAGGAGCCCGUCGUCUGUCCCCACUGCUCCUCCCAGUUCAUCAACGAGUCUGUGCUGGAAAUCCACCAGCAGCGCUGCACCGGCUCUGAAGAGGAAAGGAACACCGGACGUGGGCGAGGACAAGGCCGGGGGCGCUCCACUGGACAGAUUGAGUGCGACCUAUGCGGCCACCGCUGCAUGACACAGGAGGGCCUGGACCUCCACCGGCUGUCGCACACCGGCCAGACGCCGCUCAAGUGCCCAGUGCGGCCUUGCCGCCGCCGUUUCAUCUCCAACAAGGCCUUGGAGGAGCACGUGCUGGCCCACUGCCAGGGCAAAAUGAGCAAGCCCAAGGGCCGAGUCCGCUUCGAGUGUGAGAUCUGCUUCAAGGGCUUCGCCUACAACUCCACCUUCCAGGUUCACAUGAGAACUCACACCAACGAAAGGCCCUUUGAGUGCACCACUUGCGGCAAAUGCUUCCGCCAGCUGCCCCACCUGCAGGACCACGAGCGCAUCCACAGCGGCGUGCGGCCCUUCUGCUGCUGGAUCUGCGGCAAGAGCUUCAGCGUGGCGGCCCGCCUCACCGAGCACGCCCGCACCCACAGCGGCGAGAAGCCCUACCCCUGCCCCAACUGCCCGGCCGCCUUCCGCUCGCGCUCCAACCUGGACAAGCACAUCCGGCAGCACGGCGACCAGGCCGCCCAGGCCGCCGAGGAGGUGGCCAGCGCCAACGAGGCGGCGCAGGUCCAGAAGGUGCUGGAGGGCGCCAAAGUGCUGUCCUCGCUGGCCGCCACCUCCGACGCCACCCAGGUGGAGGUGGAGGACGACUGCGGCGGCAUGCAGACCAUCUACGUGCUGCAGGCGGGCGAGGGCGGCGGCGAGGCGGUCAUGAUCCCCGCCGAGGAGCUGAGCGGCAUGGACGGAACGUCGCAGGUGGUCAUCCUGCCCUCGUCCAUGCUGGGAGCGCAGGGCAUCACCAUCCCCACCAUCACCAUGGACGGCAGCGAGAUCACCAUGAUGGACGGCUCGCAGUCCCCGCAGCACUCCAUCGAGUUCAUUGUGGAGGAGACCAUAUGAGCACGAAGCGCUACUCAGGUUCACGGCGGGUGAAAUUUCACUGUUACUUUUUUUUUUUCUCCUUUCCUGCUCACAAAUACAUUCCUCAGAAAAAAAAAAGAUAUUCAACUUGGGGUGGGGAAUUCUGAAUCAAUCUAAAAUGCUUUCUAAUGGAUGUUAUUGAUUUGACCUUCACUAAACAUUUGAUGACGCGGCCAACUGUUCAAUGUUUCAGUGCCUUUUGCACAACUUGGUGCUUUCUAACAAUGAGCUGAAUGGCAAAAUUCACAGCAGGAGUGAAACAGCCAAUUCAUUUCUUGGUCCAUUGACAGUCCUCGUCGUCAUGCUCUUCGCAUUUUUACCUGAGACCAAAAACGGCGGCGAACAGUUGAUGAACAAAGCGGGAUUUUCUCAGAGGGCAGCGGCCACCGAGUUCAGAGUUUGCGUCAUCAGCACGUUACGACGCAGAUUCCGACGGAGUGGAAAAGUCACAGGCGGGCAUCGAAAUGGACUUUUGUCAUUCUUCAACAACCUCUUGUGAAUUUUGCUGUGCGACAACUCGUGAAACAAUGACCAACUCGCCGUGAGCAUUCACAAGUUCAUGAAGGUCAAAUGGAGGGCAUUUUUAAGGUCGUAAUGCAUUUUAGAAUCAUCCCUAAAAUUUACUAUUUGGGUGUAGUUUCUGAUCACUUUUUUUAAAGACGGAUACUUUUGCAGCUUUACUCACCAUUCCUUCAGAUACAUUUUAUCCUUUAAAGAUCCUUUCAGUGUCCACCAUCAAUUUUUUUCCCAAAUGUGAUAGUUUCCCAAAACAGGUAUAGAAUGAUUUAGCAUUAUUUUAAAAUAUUCAGCCGAAAUUAAGGCAGGGGCGGCGGGGUUAAACCUUGAUUUAGUCUAUAACGCAGAAUGUGGACUUGUCAUGACUAUUAUCCAACAGUCACUUUUCGUUUCAGUCGCGAGGCACCCUUGAAGAAAAAGGUCAAAUUUAUGCUGUGCGUGCUUUCAAUGCAAAAUGUUGGUGCACAAAUAGAAAAGUAAAAGCGAAACUGGCGAUCCAAACUGAACAUGAAGGACUGCAUUAGAGUGAUUUGGGGGCAAAAAAGAGUUUUUAAUGGGAUGUGGAAUUUUUAAAAUUUUUAUUUUAUUUUUCUUGUGUUUCCAUUUUGAGCUCAUAUUAACGGGCUGAGGACAAUUAAAAGUAUACAUCCCCU